AUGCUUUUUAUGCUUUUUACAAGCCUGGCGUUUACAUUGAAUCGUGAAAAAGACAGCUACGAUUUCUUUAUUUAUACAUCAGAAUCAGGCAACCGAAAAGGUGUAGAACUAAAAAAUGGUGAAUAUGGUAUUGGCAAUGAUCCAACAAUGUUCAAGCUUGUCUAUGAAGAUAGCCAGUUUUANAUUAAGCCAACAAAGGAUGAAAAUUCAUAUCUUACACUCAAAGGCCAUGGGCUGGUACUAACUGAGCAAAAGAAGCCUUGGACAAUAGCAAGGAAUCGAAACAUUUCAGAUAGUACGGGAAACAACCAUUAUCAACUUAAAUCAGGUGAUAUUUGUUUAUCUAAACGUGGAAGUAUCUUGAGUGGUGUUAACUGUGCUAUUACGGAUGAAAACCAGUUGUUCUUCUUCGUAGCUCCUGCGAAUGGCGAGAACGAGCGAAAUCUCAAAAAAGUACUCGAGAAAGUGGUUGAGGUCAAUUUAAUAAAAGAUAGUAAAAUGAAAAAAGCAAAAGUAGAUGAUGGCAAGGAGAACAUUGAUGUCGUUCAUGUUUUUCUUAAGCAGGCUGUUAAGACAGAAACAAAGACAAUUAUUCAGCAGGCAGCACCUGAUAAACAUGAAAUUAAAAAAGAUCUUAACCGUUCUGCCAUUACCCCUCGUGUAUCACGCAGAAGUAUAAAGCAUGGAAGCAGAAGAUUACGCCCUAAAUUAGCUCCACGUCGUAGGAAAACCAGACCUGCCAAAAAUAAGAAUAAAAAGACAAGAUCUGGCACAAAGAAACCAACCAUCAAAGCUGAUGCUAAAUUGGAAAUUCCAUCAGAAAUAGUUGAAGAAAAGAUAAAUGAAAUGGAAGAAGAUGAUAAACAAGAACUUGAUGCAUCCGAGUUCGAUUCAGAUGAUGGUAUAUAUGACAGUCAAGAUGCAAGAGAAGAUUAUAACGAAGACGAGUAUGAGGAUGGUAAAGAUACUUAUGAAGGAGAGGAAGAUGAGAACAAUUACGAUUACCAAGAACCAAUUGAUGCCAAUGAUAAAACGAGAUAUGACAGAGGGUCAAAUAAGAAGUCUAAAUAUGAUCGCAGGGCAGGCCAGAAGUAUUCAGAGGAACCAUACUUGGACGAACGACCAAGAUCAAGAAAGGAUUAUCGAUCUAGGGAAAGAGACUAUCCGUAUGAUAAAGAAUAUCGAUCUAAGAGAAGCUCUAAACAAAGAGAUUAUGAAAACGAUAGAUCAAAUGCCCGUGAUCUAUCAUCUCCUGCCAAUAUCGGCGAUUCUUUAUCAGAUGCAAAAAAUUUUAAGCUUUUAAAAGACUUUGAUUAUAAAGACACUUCUGGAAGAGGUAAUAAUGAUGAAAUUAAUGAUUACAUGGAUCGCUUGAAAAAUCUUACAUCCUCGGAAUCUCAACAACCAAUGUAUGAUCAGAGACGUCCAUCCGAUAAGCAAUCGAGAAGAGAUACUAUGUAUGAUAGUCCCAAUAUUCAACAAAAAGGAAAUAUGUACGAUCAGCAAAAAAACGAUAAGUUUGAUCAACUAAAAGAUGAUAGAUACAAUCGAGAUGGGUCUUCCAACAUGCAAUCAAGAGGUAAUAGAUAUAACCAGGACAUCCCAUAUGACAACAUGCAAACAGAAAAUGGACGUAGUACUAGGCCUCCUACAGAUGAAGAAAGAGAGCGACUAAGAAGAAGGGGUUUGGAAGUAGUAGAGAAAGUCAUAGUUCAAGGUAAAGUUGAUGGUGUGUCAGGGGAUAACUUGAAGAAUUUGAAUGUCCAAGGACAGCAACAAAAGAACGCCAAAUUUGCCUCAUCAACUGUUUAUGAAACUAUUGCUAAGCGUAACUUGCAGAAUCAGGAAUUUAUGAACUCUUCUAAUAUGAACCCAUCUGUCCAGCCUCCAAGUGGUAUUCCACCGGCCUAUAACAAUCAGCCACAAAAUCCUUAUGCACGACCGGGCAUUAAUCAAGGUCCAAUGAAUCCACCGUUAUACAAAUAA